GAAUUUUUGUUUAGAUAUUUAAAUUAUAAAUUUUUUCUAAAUCAAAAAAUGUUCGCUCCUCUCGCUUCUCGUCAAGUUGCUAUCAUUGCUCGUUCUUCGAAUUUGCGUCCAAUUUUCUUUCCUGUUCAAGCAAUGCUGAACACAAACCAGACAAUGAUGUUUAGCACAACUGCUGUUCGAAAGGAUAUUGACAGUGCUGCUAAAUAUAUUGGAGCAGGGGCUGCUACUGCUGGUGUUGCUGGUUCUGGGGCCGGAAUUGGAAAUGUUUUUGGAUCGCUGGUAUUUUUUGAUUUUUUGUUUAAUUAUUAGGGGUUGUUUGCUCUUUGAGCCUUCUCGAAGACUGGAGGUCUACCUUCCUUAUAUACAUCCAGAACAUCUUGGG